AGGCUCAAGCUACCAGGUGCCCCAGAGGGAAGGGUGACGCGUGGCUCAAGAUGUCGGCCACAGAAGUGAAGCUCUUUGGCAAAUGGACGUAUGAGGAUGUGAUGCUGUCGGACUUGAGUUUGGUGGACUACAUCGCCGUGAAGGGAACCGCUCAGCUGUUCCUUCCUCACACCCAGGGCCGAUACCAGAUGCGACGCUUCCGAAAGGCUUUGUGCCCCAUCGUGGAGCGACUGGUGUGCUCCAUUAUGAUGCACGGCCGCAACAACGGCAAGAAGCUCAUGGCAGUGCGCAUUGUGAAGCACGCCUUCGAAAUCAUCCAUUUGCUGACUGACAAGAACCCCAUCCAGGUGUUCGUGGAUGCUGUGAAGAACGGAGGCCCUCGUGAAGACUCCACCCGAGUAGGCUCUGCCGGUGUGGUGCGCCGUCAGGCGGUGGAUGUGUCGCCACUGCGCCGAGUGAAUCAAGCCAUCUACCUGAUUUGCACCGGUGCACGAAACAGUGCCUUCCGAAACAUCAAGUCCAUCUCCGAGUGCCUUGCGGAUGAGAUCAUGAAUUGCGCAAAGGAGUCUUCCAACAGCUACGCCAUCAAGAAGAAGGACGAGAUUGAGCGCGUCGCCAAGGCCAAUCGUUAAGCGUCUGAGACCAAGCCGAGCCAGUGGAUCCGGAGCGGAAAAGAUGCGCUGCACAUCACUGUGAC